AACUUGUUUAUUGCUCUCCAUUAUUGUACUAGUACUCCUCAAUCCCCAUCUCUAUCCUUGUCUCUCUCUGUAAUUCAUCCUUUGUUCAUUGCCCUUGUGGUUUUGUAAUCAAACAGCUUCUUUCCAUGGCUACUAAUCGCUGGCUCAGGCCUGAGGUAUAUCCACUGUUUGCAGCCGUAGGUGUUGCCAUCGGAAUCUGUGGACUUCAGUUGGUUCGUAAUAUGCGUAUCAAUCCUGAAGUCAGGGUAAGCAAGGAGAAAAGAGCUGCCGGUGUUCUGGACAACUUUGAAGAGGGACAAAAAUAUGCUGAACAUGCUGUUAGAAAGUUUGCUCGUAGUAGACCACCAGAAAUUUUCCCUUCCCUCAAUAGGUUCUUCAGUGAUCCACAAAAGAAUUAAUCUCCUUUAACUCGGUUCGAAUAAAGUUAUCAGACUUCACCCUUAUCAUCUUGAAUCAAGAUUCGUAAUGUGAUCUGAUCGACUCUUAUCUGUUGUGCUGGAUGUAUUGCAGUAUGGCGUGUCUGUAAAAUAUGGUAGUGACUUCUUUGUGACAGCUUGUAUUGAGAGUAUAUGUCCUAUAUUCGAAUGGUUUUUCUGAAUGAUAUUCAAGGUGCUACUCUUAACAAA